AUGCUCUGUUUUCACACUUCUCGACGCGCAGGUCUUCGCUAUGUUUCCCGGUAUUCCACCUCGGCACUCCGGGAGGACCAUCUACUCGGGGAAAGAGUUCUCUCCUUGCAGUUCAAAGAUCCAGUGACGUCUCCAGCGGACGCUCUUGCUGUCGUUAAUGCCGUGGAACGACGAUUUGGACGUGUAGCGGAAUUCCGCUUCUCUAAAGAUACCUCGCCGUCUUCGGAGUACAACACAACAGCCUCGUUGGCCUUCUCGGAUAUCAAAACCUACGAGCAGGUCCCAAAAGACGAGCAAGUAUUGCUCACAGUGAAUUUACCUCCCACUCCGGCCCUCUCUUCUGGCGGACCGAGCCUCUCCGAUCUCAAUCCAGAGUCGCAAACCAGCGACGACUCGCGGACUAUCUCGUUCUCUGUUUCACAUUCUCGACGCGUUUUCCAAACGCUAAAGACGAAUCCCCCAGCAUAUACGCUCCGCCCAAAAAUUGCUGUUGAGCUUCAGUCCAACUUUGUGAGAUGGGGUGGCUUUGCGCCAUUGGAAUCAAGUGCAAGUGACAGCGAUAUUACGCCAACGCAAGCUGCGCUCGACGAUUCAACAAUAGACCGUCCUAACAUGCGUUAUCAACUGCGCCAAUGGCAGACUACCAAAGACGCCGGGUUACAACCGCCCCCUCAGGACGAAUCAACGGCUGAUCAAAACCAUCCGGCUGUAACCCCUUCACAAACUCCAAGCAGUCUCCCAUGGCUGUCAGCAGCUCCUAUAAUGGAUUCCACAUCUCCAUCUUCGCCUCCAUCGACACUUUCCGCCGAAACGACGACUCUUUCAACACCCUCGACGAAUGAACCCGUCAAGCCGGCUCUCAAUCACAACAAAGGAUCUACAGCGAACAAGAAAUUGGCUCGAGAUGCGAGCAAAUUAAUACACGCCGUAUCCCUACCCAGUCCAGAACAGGCGCCGCGCGCAAAGGUAGUUUCGAAGCCGCCUUCGAAGCCGGUCGUGUCGUCGCCCAAAAAGAAAUCUCAAAAGCGGAGGAAACCUGAAGCUGACGUCAUACACCCGGUGCAGUCUGUACCUUCAAUAGAGGUCGAAGAACGGCAAGCAGGGGUCGGGAAGCGUUUACGAGGCAUGCUAGGUGACUGGUUCUAG